GUGACCUGGAGAGGGAAAGUAAAUUUCACAUUGGAAUUCUGACAGCAUACCUUGUAAAUCAAAUCUAGAGCUCUGAUAGGCACUGUAUUAACAGCUGAUACAGAGCUGCAACUGGUGAGAGAUAGUUCACAGGAUAUGAAGAUACACACAGCUGAAACUAUCCUCAAUGACUUCUGUGGGCUUCGAUACAACAAAACAACAUUCUCAUCAAGAAUAACUGGAGGAGAAGCUAGUCUGGGUUUUGGACAAUGGCCAUGGCAGGCCAGUCUCCAGCGAGAUGACCUCCAUCGUUGUGGUGCGACACUCAUCAGUAACACAUGGCUUGUGUCUGCAGCUCACUGCUUCAGAGAGGCAAAAGAUCCACGUAAAUGGGCUGUGACAUUUGGAACCUACUUAAGGCCUCCGCUAAUGAUACGACUUGUCAAGACCAUUAUUCUUCAUGAAAAAUACCGGUAUCCUGCCCAUGAAUAUGACAUUGCUGUUUUGCAGCUCACUAAACGUGUGGAGUUUACAACUGCUGUUCAUCGAGUUUGCCUUCCAGAUGCAAGUGACAUUUUCCCAUACAAUACAGAUGCUGUUAUUACAGGCUGGGGAGCAGUUAGCAAUGAUGGUGAAACCCCUAACGUUCUUCAGGAAGCAACUGUAAAGCUGAUAGACUCGGAGACUUGCAAUCGGAAAGAAGUGUACAAUGGGGCUAUAACACCUGGAAUGCUGUGUGCUGGGUACCUGGAAGGCGGUGUCGAUUCCUGCCAAGGUGAUUCUGGUGGUCCGUUGGUUGUAGCUGAUUUAAGGAACAUGUGGUAUCUUGUUGGCAUAGUGAGCUGGGGUGAUGAGUGUGCUAAGCCAAAUAAGCCUGGCGUCUACACACGAGUAACUUACUUUCGAGACUGGAUUACUAAACAAACUGGGCUCUGAUGGAAAAGUUGCCAGCGUUUUACACUGCAAAAAUAGUAUGCAGGCCAUACUGGUCUGUAACUUGCAGAAAAGUACAAUAGGUGUGUGUAUAAGAGUAAGAGAGAUAGAGCGAGAUAGAAGGAGGAAGAGAUCAUCUGCCUUAUUUACAAAACUGCAGCCU